AUGAUUGUACUCAAUAGUACAAAUAUUACUGAUAAGAGCGAGGAAUAUGAAAAAUUUAAACCUUUUGUAGGCAAUGGUUUGUUAACUGCUCCAGGUGAAUUUAUUAUAAUUUUGUUAAACUUUUUAUUGGAAGACGGCAUGCUGGGUAAGAAAAUAAAUUCGCUGACAAAUCCGGAUUGCAAAUUAGCUGAAUUAAUAGAAUGUGGAAUGGAUAUAGCUGCACAGAGGAUCUUCAAAUUAUGGUUACAUCCGAAUAUAAUUUUUUAUAACACUAAGAAACAUUUUUUAAAUUUAUUGAAAAUUAAUCGAGAAUUGACGGAGGGAAAUUUAGAACCAAAGUUAAGGACACUUCUAGAUCUUUUAUUUGAAUUGUCGCACGAAAGGGGAAAAUAUUCGGAGCAAGGUAUCCGCGAUGAAAUGAAUACAAUAAUUAUACCUGGAAGCGGAACUUCAGCCACAACCAUUAGCUUUGUCCUCUUAAUGCUUGCUACAUUCCCGGAAAUUCAAGACAAAGUAUAUGAGGAACUAAAUCAAAUUUACUGCUCGGACGAUUCGAAACGUGUUCCAAUAACAUAUAAUAAUAUUAAAAGUAUGAAACUUUUGGAACGUAUGAUCAAGGAAACGUUACGUCUAUUUCCUGCAGGUCUAGUUAUCGCCCGGAGAAUGACGUUAGAUAUAAAAGAUAUCUCUGCAUACAAGAUAACUUGUUUUAUGUUCCUACCGGGAAAGAAUUGUUGUUCUACAUAUUUAUUUCCAUUUAGUUACGGUCGAAGAAAUUACAUAGGUCAAAAUUUUUCUAUGCUUAAUAUGACAGUAAUCAUUGCUACGUUGAUAAGAAAAUUUUUAAUUAAAAUAGAUAAUCCAAUAGGAAUUGCUGAAAUAGGUUUAAAGAUGAGCCUCACAUUAAAACCGGCAAAACCAAUAAGAGCCGCUCAACCAGAUGAAUCGAGUAAUAUUAUUCAACGCACGCGACGGGAAAGUGAUCGAGUGAAGAGAAUACUUUAUUUAUUCACGAGAUUGUUUUCAAACGAUCCCGCUAAAGAGCCUUUAGAAAAUAAAGAAUAA